CUUUUGAAAUUCUGAGGAAAUAUACUCUUUGAGUUGUUCAUCAACACCGUUGUGAUUGUAUGCUUUCCCUUUGGUUUUAUUCUGUAUGCCAUUUGUUCAUGUUAUAUUUAUAUAUUUGCGAAUUGUGAUCGAUUUAAUUGUAUUCUAUGUUCACUUUUGCAGAUUAGACAAUGGCAAACCAAAACCAAAAACAAAACCAAAACCAGAACCAAAAACAAAACCAAAACCCAAACCAGAACCAAAAACAAAACCAAAACCAGAACCAGAACCAGAACCAGAACCAAAAACAAAACCAAAAUCAAAAGAAGGAGAAAGAGGAUUUCUCUCUGAAGGCGACAACUCCAAACAUCAGUGCUGGAAGAGUGAUCAGUGGUGAUAGACUCCCCACCGCAUAUGGCCUGGUUGAGCAAAUGCAGUUUCUGUUUGCCAGGGUGGUGAAGGCCAAAGACUUGCCUGGAGAUUGUGCUUAUGUGGAGGCAAAGCUUGGAAGCUUUGUAGGAACAACCAGAUGCUUGAAAACCACUACCCCAGAAUGGAACCAAGUCUUUGCUUUUGCCAAGGAGAGAAUUCAAGUACUAGUUCUAGAUAUUGAGGUGAAGAACAAGAAGGAAAAUGGUGACUCUAAAUGUAAUGAGUUCAUGGGGCGUGUUUUAUUCACAAUUGGUGAUAUUCCCAUGAGGGUUCCUCCUGAUAGCCCCUUGGCACCACAAUGGUACAGGCUUGAGAAUCAAAAGGGGGAGAAGGUUAAAGGAGAGUUGAUGGUGUCUGUUUGGAUGGGAACUCAAGCAGAUGAAAGUUUUCCUGAGGCUUGGCAUUCAGAUACAGCAGAGGGUAGUGGUGAAAACAUUGCUCACACGCGUUCAAAGGUAUAUAUUUCUCCUAGGCUUUGGUACCUUAGAGUUAAUGUCAUUCAGGCUCAGGAUUUGUUGCUCAAAGGUAAGCCUAAUAACUCGGAAAUUUUCAUCCAAGGUGUUUUGGGGAACUUGGCUUUGAGGAGUCGUCCCAUGAAAAGUGAUCCAAACCCCAUGUGGAAUGAGGAUUUGAUGUUUGUUGUAGCAGAACCCUUUGAAGAUUCCCUGUUCGUGAGCAUUGAGCAGGGGGCUCCCACCAAGCAUGAAAGCUUGGGAUGUUGUGUGGUUCCUUUGAAGACUGUGCAGCAGAGAAUUGAUGCCACUCCACCAGCUAGUGUAUGGUACAACCUUCAGAAGCCAAAGGUAAAUGAGGAGGAAAAAGAGGGUAACUUUUCUAGUAAACUUAACAUGAGGAUCUCUUUGGAUGGAGGGUACCAUGUUCUUGAUGAGGCCACUCACUACACUAGUGAUAUCAGGCCAUCAUCAAGGUUUUUGUGCAAACCAAGUAUUGGUGUUCUAGAAUUGGGGAUCUUGAAUGCCGUGGGGCUCUCUACAAUGAAGAAGGAUUUCCGCACCGAUGCCUUUUGUGUAGCUAAGUAUGGUCCCAAGUGGGUGAGGACAAGGACUAUUGUGAAUAGUCUUUCUCCAAAGUGGAAUGAGCAGUACACAUGGGAAGUGUAUGAUCCUUGCACUGUGAUCACAAUUGCUGUGUUUGAUAAUGGGAAUUUGCAAGGAGGAAAAAAAGACGGAGGGAACAAAGAUGAUGGAGAAGUGGAUAAGAGUAAUGAAAAAUUGGAUGGAGAAAAAAAUGCUGGAGGAAAAAAACCUGAUGGACUAGUGGAUAAGAGAAUUGGUAAGGUACGGAUUCGGCUAUCCACACUAGAAAGUAAUAGGAUUUACACUCACUCUUAUCCUCUUAUAAACUUGCAAACAGGAGGAGCCAAGAAGAUGGGAGAAAUUCAAUUGGCAGUGAGGUUUUCUUGUCCAUCUUUGUUCAAUGUUAUGCAAACUUAUGCACAACCUUUGCUUCCAGAAAUACACUACAUUAGCCCUUUGUCUAUCUUUCAGUUGGAUAGUUUGAGGAACCAAGCUGCUAACAUCACCACAUUGAGGUUCAAAAGGGCUGAACCACCCCUCAGUAAAGAGGUUGUAGAGUACAUGCUAGACAUGGGGGCAAAUGUGUGGAGCAUGAGGAGGGGAAAGACUCUAUUUUAUAGGGUUGCUGGUCUUUUGAGUGUUCUAGUUUUUGUUGCAAAACAGUUUGAUCAGAUACAUUCUUGGAAGAAUUCAGUCACCACAGUGUUUAGUUACUUCAUGUUUCUCUUUGUUAUUUUCUUUCCAAGAAUAAUUUUGCCAUCAACAUUUUCCUUGCUCCUCUUGAUUGGAAUUUGGCGCUAUAGAACAAGGCCAAGAUAUCCUUCCCAUGUGGAUAUGAAACUGUCUCAGGUUGAUGGAGCCACUGCUGAAGAUCUAGAAGAAGAGUUUGAUCCAUUUCCAUCUAAAUUUAAUGGUGAUAAUUUGAAGAAGAGGUAUGAUAGAUUAAGAGGCCUAGCAGGGAGGGUGCUAGAAGUGAUGAGUGACUUGGCAACUCAAGGAGAGAGGGUGCAGUCUCUACUCAGCUGGAGGGACCCAAGAGCAACAGCUUUGUUUGUUAUUUUCUGUUUUGUGGCUGUCUUUGUCACUUAUUUUGUUCCUUUUCGCAUUAUGAUGUUCAUUUGGGUCACUUAUGUGUUAAGACCUCCAAGGUUUCGGUUUCAUUUGCCUGCAGUCCCUCAAAACUUCCUUAGGAGGAUGCCUGCAAAAUCAGAUGGCAUGCUAUGAGUUGGCUUCUCUUCAUUUGUUUCUUGUCAUUGGAAAAUAAAUUCGCUUUCUUCUUCAUUUUAAGUUAGGUGGAAAAUAUGUUUAGUAAUUACUUGAGUGUUUCAGAAAUUAUUUUGUUAUUUAAA